UGAAGCCGCCCAAUCGGGAGACAUUCGAGAGGUCAACGAUGGCAGCAGCGGCAGCAGCGAUGGCGGCUCCCGUCAGCAUGGAAGUCGACACGGGCACCCCGGGGGUGAGCGUGAUGGCAGUGGCUGCGGUUACGGGCAGCGUCUCCGUGUCUCUCCACCCCCUCGUCAUCCUCAACAUCUCCGAGCACUGGACCCGACUUCGAGCCCAGGAGGGGCGGCCUAUGCAAGUCGUGGGAGCGCUGAUCGGGAAGCAGGAGGGGAGAAACAUCGAGGUGAUGAACUCGUUCGAGCUCCUCUUCACCGAGACGGACGGACGCACGGACAUCGACAAGGAGUACUACUACACCAAGGAGGAACAGUUCAAGCAGGUGUUCAAGGACCUGGACUUCUUGGGCUGGUACACGACGGGGGAGACACCAAACCCCUCCGACAUCUACAUCCACAAGCAGAUUUGUGAAAUCAACGAAAGCCCGAUAUUCCUGAAGCUCAACCCUCAAACCAAACACACGGACUUGCCGGUCAGUGUCUAUGAGUCGGUGAUUGACCUCGUGAACGGAGAGGCGACGAUGCUGCUGGUGGAGCUGCCAUACACACUCGCCACCGAGGAGGCCGAGAGGAUCGGUGUCGACCACGUCGCGCGCAUGAGCAGCACCGACUCGGGGGACGGCUCCACGGUGGCUGAGCACCUGUUGGCACAGCACAGCGCCAUCAAGAUGCUGCACAACCGAGUGAGGGUCAUCCUCCAGCACAUGCGCGCCAUUCAAGCCGGUGAGCUCCCAGUAGUUCACGAGAUUCUGCGCGAUGCGAACAGCCUGUGCCACCGUCUGCCUGUCAUCAGCACCACCUCCUUCCAGGAGGACUUCUUCGACCAAUGCAACGACGUGGCACUCAUGGCGUACCUCGGAGCUGUGACUCGCAGCUGCAACACAGGAAACCUCUUUGUGAACAAGUUCAACACCCUGUACGACCGGCAGGGCGUGGGGCGGCGCAUGCGGGGGCUGUUCUUCUGAGAACGCGGGAGGCGCGCACACACCGCACACGCCGCAAACACCGCACACACCGCAAACACCGCACACACACCGCAAACACCGCACACACCGCACACACCGCAAACACCGCACACACACCGCAAACACUGCACACACCGCAAACACCGCACACACCGCACACACCGCACACACCGCACACACCGCACACACCGCACACACCGCACACACCGCACACACCGCACACACCGCAAACACCGCACACACACCGCAAACACUGCACACACCGCACACACCGCAAACACCGCACACACCGCACACACCGCAAACACCGCACACACCGCACACACCGCACACACCGCACACACCGCAAACACCGCACACACCGCAAACACCGCACACACCGCAAACACCGCAAACACUGCACACACCGCACACACCGCACACACCGCACACACACCGCACGCACCGCACACGCCGCACGCACCGCACGCACCGCACACACCGCAAACACCGCACACACACCGCACACACCGCACACGCCGCAAACACCGCACACACCGCACACACCGCACACACCGCACACGCCGCACACACCGCACACGCCGCAAACACCGCACACACCGCAAACACCGCACACACCGCACACACCGCACACACCGCACACACCGCACACACCGCACAAAUACCACUCACGUCACACGUCCCACAUGUCACACCGUGAGGACGCACCACACGAGGACUCUCCACACACGCUCACCACACAUGCACACACCUCAGACACACCACACACAUGCGCGCACACACCACACGCACACUCAGCACGCGCACCACAUGUGCACACACACCAGACGCACGCUCCGCACACACGCAACUAUACGUGCACACUCCACACACACACGUACAACACGUGUGCACACACCGCAGAUACACCACACAGCAGACACCACACACGUACUGCACACGUAUGCACACUCCACACACGAAACACACAAAACCCACGUGCACCACGCCCUUCGCAAUCCCAACUGUGACACGAACGCGUUCGCACACAGGCGCACACAGGCGCACUGAUGCAGUGCCGCAGUGCUGCUCGCACUCGGCGCACACAGGAAGCAAGGAGGAGCAGCUCUGCAGCAAGGGCACGGAGGCGUUUAUUUGGGGGUGGGGGGGGACUGUGACCUCGUAAUAAAUUCUCACAUUCGCACUCGA